AAAAAAAGCAAAUUCUCUCUCUCCUCUUCCUCCUCUUCUUCAAAUUUUCUCUCUCUAAAACCCACCUAAUUUAUCUUCUCAAAAGUUCCAAUUUUUCUUCAAACCCCCCCUCCCUCUUUCAGUACUUCACCUUCUUUCUCCCAAUAUAUUGCCUUCUUCUUCUUCCUCUACUUCUUCUUCUUCUUUGAUUGAUUUUUGCUCUCAAGUCCUCAAAUUAAUUCUCUCUUUUCAUUUGAAAAUUUUGAACCCCUUAAGUUGUUUCCUGCUUUUUUUUUCUCUUUUUCCCAUGCUGGCUGAUCUCUCUUCUCCUUCACUUCCUUGUUUUGAGCCUUUGUCUAAUUGCUUUGAAAACAAUGGAACCAAUAACAAACGAAAAAGACGACCCGCGGGUACUCCAGACCCAGAUGCUGAGGUGGUUUCUCUCUCUCCAAAAACCUUAUUGGAAUCAGAUCGUUACGUAUGUGAGAUCUGCAAUCAAGGGUUUCAGAGAGAUCAAAAUCUACAGAUGCAUCGACGUCGACACAAGGUACCAUGGAAGCUGUUGAAAAGAACGGAAACAACAACCGUAGUGAGGAAACGGGUGUUUGUUUGCCCCGAACCCAGCUGUUUACACCAUAACCCUACUCAUGCUUUGGGGGAUUUGGUAGGAAUAAAGAAGCACUUUAGAAGAAAACAUAGUAACCAUAAGCAAUGGGUUUGUGAAAAAUGUUCCAAAGGAUAUGCUGUUCAAUCUGAUUACAAAGCCCAUCUCAAAACUUGUGGAACUAGAGGCCAUUCUUGUGAUUGUGGUCGAGUUUUCUCCAGGGUGGAGAGUUUCAUAGAACAUCAAGAUAAUUGCAAACUGGGUCAUCAUCAUCAACAGCAACAAUCAGAACAAAAAAUUCCAUGUUUAUCAAGAACAGCUUCAAGUCCAACUCCAAGUCCUUCUUCAGAUACAAAUUUCAGCUUCUUAAACCAAAACCAAAACCAAAACCCAAAAUUUACUUCAACUCAUCAUCAUCAUCAUAACCAUGGAGCUGACAAAUAUUCGAAAAAAACAACAAUAAUUCCUCAAAGAAUUAUUGGCCAUAAUCAUCAAAAUCUAGACCUACAACUUUCCACCAAUUCAACAACUUCAAUUCACGUUUCAGUUUCUCCGAAAAGACAUGAAAAUUACUCAACCCAUUUGCAACUUUCCAUUGGUUCUUGCAAUUAUGGUGAGAAAUUACAUGAUCAUCAUCAUGAUAAUAAUAAUAACAGUAAUGAUCGUGAUCAUCAUAAUGACGACGACGAUGAUGAGAAAUUAGGUUUUUUGAAGCUGAAAGAAGAAGCUAAAGAGCAAAUGAGAAUGGCCAUGGAAGAGAAAGCAAUGGCUGAAGAAGCAAGAAAUGAAGCUAAGAAGCAAAUUGAAAUGGCUGAAAAAGAGUUAGUGAAUGCCAAGAGAAUGAGACAACAAGCACAAGCUGAGUUACAAAGAGCACUUGUUUUGAAAGAACAUGCCAUCAAGAAAAUCAAUUCUACUAUCCUCCAAAUCACUUGCCAAGUUUGUAGGCAACAUUUUCAUCCCUUCCCUAAAAUUUGAAUAUUAAUUCAUUCCCUCCUUGUCAUCGUCGUUGUCGUUGUCGUCCUCGAUCCUUUUAAUGACAUCAUAAAUUUUACAAUUCCUAUACAAACAUCUUCUUCACUUCCUUAA